AUGGUUCCCCGCCAUCAGAACUGUCGACAGCCUCGGAGGUCGAACAUCUGGUUGCUUGCUAGUCCGUCCGUUCAGACAGCGAUUUUGCUAUCUUCGGACCAAGUUAUUAUUGUUGAUUGUGUUUGGCAAACUUAUAAUUUUAGAGUCGCUAUUGUGCAUGGUGCUAAUGAUCAUGUCUCUAGGAGUGAUUUGUGGGUUGAUCUUCUUUCUUUCGUUGAUGGGAACACGGUUUUUAUUGGCGAUUUCAACGCCGUGAAGGGUGCUCAUGAACGUCGUAGUUUGGUGGCGCCUUUGAGAAGUUCUUGCAGUGAGUUUUGCGACUUCAUUGAGGCUUCGGAUAUGAUCGAAUCGCCUUCUUCUGGCAUUCGGUUUAUGUGGUCUGGUCGGAGAUUACUUCCUCGGCAUGUGGAAUCUAGAUUGGACAGGGCGUUCUUUUCCAUUGGCUUUGCGAACUUGUGGGUCUCGAUUAACACACAUGCGCUUCCAAGACUCACUUCUGAUGAUUCUCCCUUGAUUUUCCAAUGCAGUGCUGAGACGGGUAAGGGGAGACGUUUCAAGUUCUUAAAUAUGUGGACUUCUCAUCCUAACUUUCAAGAGAGAGUGGUGUCUUCUUGGGAUGUGGAGGCGCACGUUCGUUGUCCUAUUUAUAAAGUCAUGUUCAAGCUUCGUCGACUCAGGAAUGAUCUCCGGGUUUGGAAUAAAGAAGUUUUUAGGCAGGUGGAUAUGCAGAUCCAAUCUGAGCAGAAUUCCUUGCUUGACGUUCAGAAUAGAAUUUAUGACCUGGGCUACACGGACAUUUAUUUUGAUGAGGAGGUGGCUCAUCAAGCUCGGCUGACAUCUCUCUUGGCAAGGAAGAACAACCUUUUGCAACAAAAGAGUCGUGCGCACUGGCUGAAUGACGGUGACCGUAACACUUCUUUCUUCCAUCGUGUUAUUCGAUUUCGAAAGCAAAAUUAUAGGAUCGAACACUUGAAGAUUGGCGAUGCUAUCUCGUAUGAUCGGGGGAAUAUACAGCAGCAUAUUAUUGAUUUCUUCUCCUCUCUUUUUAAAGAAGAAGGUCCCAGCAACGUGAACUGGGAUUUGCUUGAAGGGAUUAUUGAUCAUUAUGUGUCUGAGGAUCAGAAUGGGAAGCUUACUCGUAUUCCUGAUGAUGAGGAGAUUAUGGCCGCGGUUUUUAGCUUGGAUGCGAACAGAUGCAAUGCUAGCACCUUAAUUUUGCUCCCGAAAAAGGAUGUGGUGGAGAAGGUGACUAAUUUGAGACCUAUCAUAUUGUCAAAUUUUUUCUUCAAAAUUAUUUCUAAAAUUCUUGCUACCAGAUUGGGUGGAGUGGCGGCUGUUGGGGUGUCUCCAAAUCAAUUUGGUUUUAUUGGAGGUCGCUCGAUUCACGAUUGUAUCAUGCUUGGUUCUGAGGGCUUUAGCUGCAUGAAUCGCACGGGCAAACGCUCGAAUAUGGCGUGCAAAGUUGAUAAUCGCAAGGCCUUUGAUACUAUGCGCUGGGAUUUUAUUCUGCAUGUGCUCCGAGUUAAUGGAUUUCAUGAAAAAUUCAUUGAGUGGAUUUCCAUUAUUUUCAGUUCUGCUCGGAUCUCCAUCCUUUAUAACGGGCAGUUGAGUGGCUAUUUUGCUUGUUCCAGAGGGGUGAGGCAGGGUGAUCCUCUAUCCCCGAUUCUCUUUGGCAUUGCUGAGGAUGUUUUGAGUCACUUAUUUCUCAAUUGUGUGGCUUCUCGUCACAUCAUUCCCAUGGAUUUCAGUAGAGGGGCUCGAUUUCCUUCUCAUCUGCUUUAUGCUGACGACAUCUUGAUUUUUUGUAAGGCGUCGAUGAGAAACGCUCGUAAAAUUAAAGAAAUUCUGGAUUUCUAUGGUGAUAUUUCGGGACAGAUUUGUAAUCCUGCUAAGUCUCAUGUUUUCUUUGGGAGUGGUGUCUCCAGUGUCAUGAAGAAUCAUGUGAUCAGUGAGCUUGGUUUUGCCAUGGGAUCUUUGCCGGUCACUUAUUUGGGAGUUCCGAUCUUCUCUGGCCGUAUGCGUGCUUCUUACCUGAUUGGCAUUUAUGACAAGAUUGUCAAUAAGUUCUCUAGCUGGAAGGGGUUACAUUUAUCUAUGGCUGGCAGAAUUUGCUUGGUUCGUUCUGUGAUUCAAAGCUCGGCGACACAUUCAAUGAUGAUUUAUAGAUGGCCUAAAUCUCUCAUUUAUAAACUUGAUAGGAAGUGCCGCAAUUUUAUUUGGUCGGGCAAUGUGGAGAAAAAACCCUCAUGUCCGGUGAGUUGGUCUCGGGUCUGUGCUUCUCGGUCGGAGGGUGGCCUUGGGGUUAGGUCGUUCUCGGCCAUGAACAGGAGUUUUUUGAUGAAAAUUGCCUGGAGGUUAGUGCAAGGCCGUGACUUCGCUUCAGCAGUUCUUGCCACGCGUUACUUGUCGAAUUUUGGCUAUGCCAAGACGUACUUGGCUUCUUCGCCUUUUUGGACGGGUGUUAGGGAGCAUGUGAGCACCUUGGUGAAUGACUCUUAUUCCUAUUUUGGUACAGGAGAACAUAUUUAUUUCUGGCAUGACGACUGGCUGGGUUAUAAGUUGGCUGACAAGCUCCAUAUUCCGAUUUUUAUGAGAGACUUCCUGCAGCAAGCUGUGAGCGAUUACUUCUAUGAUGGAGUUUGGCAUUUCACUCCGGAUUUUAUUAUUCAGUUUCUUGACAUUGUGGUGGAUAUUCUGCUGCUACCGAUUGGGGAGGAGGGUGACACUCGUUUCUGGAAACCUUCUGUUAGUGGGGAGGUCACUGCCUCCAUUGCUUAUGUUUCGCAGUCUUUGCACUUUCCCAAAGUCAUCUGGGAAACUUGGAUUUGGGAGCGUUUUAUUCCUGACAGAAGAUCUCUUGUUACCUGGCGGAUUUUGCAUAGGAAGAUGCCAACGCUGGAUGGUGUUAUCAAAAGGGGCAUGCACGGCCCCAAUAGAUGUGUGAUGUGUGGGACGGCUGAGGAGUCCAUUGACCAUUUGUUCUGGAAUUGCCGUGUCAUUCGGCAAAUUUGGGUGGUCUUUUUUGAUUGGUUUGCCAAGGCACACAUUUUGGAUUGCUUGGAUAUUCAUAGUGUGUUGGUUGCUGUCUGGAAUACACAACUCAGUCUGUUGGUUUGGUCCUAUUGGAAGGCUGGGGUGAUUAAUCUUAUUUGGAAAAUUUGGGACUGUCGCAAUCAAAUGAUUUUUAAUGAUGCUAGUUUCCAUUCUAAUAUGAUUCUUGGAUUCCUUAAAGUCAUGUUUAAGGAGAUGGAUUCCAAUUUCCCUAAGCUUAGGCGUUCUCAUAACUCUUGGCAGGACUACUUGGUGCUCAGGCGGAUUGGGGUCGCCAUGCGUGCUGCCCCUCCUCCUUUGAUGAUCGAGGUACACUGGUGGCCGUCGGCUGGCCAGUGGAUUAAGGUUAACACUGACGGUUCAGCGCUUGGUGCGGCUGGUGGAGUGUUUCGUGAUAACUGGGGUGCGGUCCGUGGUUGCUACCACUAUAAAGGUGGUACUGGGUUUGCUUUUGAAGCGGAGCUCUUGGCGGUCAUGCAUGCUGUUAGAGUUGCUAAUUUUCGAGGAUGGCAUUGGCUUUGGAUUGAAGCGGACUCGUCUUAUGUAGUUCAGCUUCUGCACUCACGUUCUCUGGAUGUCCCUUGGCGCUUUUUACCUCUUUGGAAACAGACGUUAAGUCGGCUUUCUAAUUUUCGUUUACAGAUCUCGCAUAUCUAUAGGGAAGAAAACAGUGCGGCGGAUAUUAUGGCUAAUCAUGCUCGGAUCGAGGGGUGGUGGCCAUUUGCUAUUGAUGAAAUUAAGACUGCGGUGUCUUUAGAUAUGGCGACCCACAGCCGUGUUCGUAUUAAGACUUGA